AUGGCGCCGCGCGUCGCGCGCAUUCCGUCGCCAGCCGUCGUCAAAAUAUCGCAUCAAAAAGAAGAGAGACCCGUUCCGUUUCCACCAAAACUACAGACAACGGCGGCGACAAAAAUGUACGCCGGAGGCAGAGGUGCGGUGCGACUGCUGUUGGUGGCCGCGUUCGUGGUGGCCGUGGCGGGCGUCGCUCGGCGGCCACGGCAGCCCCGGAGCAAGGCGUUCAGGGUGUACCGGCCGAACAUGGACGCGGGCAAGCUGCUCAAGCAUGUGAUGAUGCACGAGGACGAGUGGACGGACGUGCUGCAGGAACCGAUCAUGAAGUUGGGCAAGCCACCGUACGAGGGACGAGGGCUCGCCGGGCCGCCGGUGGGGCCACACUCGGACGCGGUCAGCCAACUGGCCGAAGGGAUGUCGUUGUACGACGUGCGCGAAAUCGUGGCCAAGGUGACCAAAUAUUACAACGCCAUCCGGUCGUUCGUCGAGUACGGUGCCAAGGCCGUGCGUCGGGCGCUGGCGUGCUACACGUUCAAGCAGGUGGCGUACCAGACGAGCAGCAUUUCGCUGUUGAUGGUCAAGGAAGCCGAGCCGAACAUCGUGCUGCAAACGGCCAACGCGUUCAAGAAGAACGCCGCCUCGUUCAUCGACAUUCUGGCCGCCGUGCCCGACGACGACCUGUCCAUCCUGUUGAAGUCCUACUGGAAGUCGAUCAAGGUCUUGCAGUACGACGGCAUUCAACGCUUGGAAAAACUGCCGUAUCCCGAGGCGUUGGUGGAAAACAUGAAAGACUUGACCGAAAAUGUCAACAUUUUCUUGUCCGAUUAUUGUAUGCCGUACUUGACCGACGAAGACUUCUUCAAGAGGACAGGCGUGCCGAAGAAGACGCCGCUGAUCAAGGACGCCUCGCUCGAGACGAUGAUGCCGAUAAAUACAAUAGUGGACAUGACCCGCGUACAAUCGGAGCACAUGGCCCGGACCGCCCGUAGCCUGGGAAUCGUCACCAUGCCCGACCACCUGUGGUCGUCGCUGUUCUUCUACCGCGGACGUCCGCGGCCGGACAGCACUUACCUGAACGUAGAAGCGCCGCCGAAGAGUGAAGCCACCGCGUCGAAGAGUGAAGCCACCGCGUCGAAGAGUGAAGCCACCGCGUCGAAGAGUGAAGCCGCCGCGUCGACGAGUGAAGCCGGCACGUCUGGGUAG